AUGCCUGAAGCAAAAACUGAUUACAAGGUUGCCGACAUCAGUCUCUGGGAAUGGGGACGAAAAGAAAUCGUCAUUGCAGAGAACGAGAUGCCUGGUCUGAUGGCUCUUCGAGCUGAGUACGGCGAGUCCAAGCCACUCAAGGGCGCUAGAAUCGCUGGUUGCCUCCACAUGACCAUUCAGACUGCUGUUCUUAUCGAAACUCUCACCGCUCUUGGUGCUGAAGUCCGAUGGUCUUCUUGCAACAUCUUUUCUACUCAGGAUCAAGCUGCCGCUGCCAUGGCUAAAGCUGAUAUCCCGGUCUUCGCCUGGAAGGGAGAAACCGAGGAAGAGUACCUUUGGUGCAUUGAACAGACUGUCUACUGGCCAGACGGACAGCCACUUAACAUGAUCCUUGACGAUGGUGGAGAUCUCACUAAUCUUAUCCACGACAAAUACCCUGACCUCCUCCCCGGAAUCUACGGUGUCUCUGAAGAGACCACUACUGGAGUCCACAACCUCUACAAGCGAGUUAAGACCGGCAACCUCGGCCUCGCUGCCAUCAACGUUAACGAUUCCGUCACGAAGAGUAAAUUCGAUAACCUUUACGGUUGCCGAGAGUCACUCGUUGACGGAAUCAAGCGAGCUACUGACGUCAUGUUGGCGGGUAAAUGCGCCAUUGUUGCUGGUUACGGUGAUGUUGGAAAAGGUUCCGCCCAGUCUUUGAAAGCUUUUGGCUGCAGAGUCAUUGUCACAGAGAUUGAUCCUAUCAAUGCUCUCCAAGCUACUAUGGAAGGCUUCCAGGUCGAUACUAUGGACAAUUGCGCUCACCUCGCUAACUUGGUAGUCACCACGACUGGUUGCAAAGAUAUCGUCACUGCUGAGCAUUUCCUUGCAUUCAAAGAAGACGCCAUUGUUUGCAACAUUGGCCACUUUGACUGUGAGAUCGACACUGCAUGGCUCGAAGCUAACUGCACCGAAAAGGACACAGUGAAGCCACAGGUCGACAGAUACACCCUCUCCAACGGUCGACAUAUUAUCUUGCUCGCGUCAGGUCGACUUGUGAACCUCGGUUGCGGUACUGGUCAUCCUUCUUUUGUUAUGUCUAACUCUUUCGCUAACCAGACUCUCGCGCAGAUCGAGCUCUGGCAAGAACGUGAAAACAACAAGUACAACCGAGGACAAGUCUACAUCCUGCCGAAGAAAUUGGAUGAGAAGGUGGCUGCCGCUCAUCUGGGUGGUGUCUCUGCUGUGCUCACAAAACUAUCUGGUGAUCAGAGCGAGUACCUUGGUAUUCCAUCUGAAGGCCCUUACAAACCAGAACACUACCGAUAUUAA